UGAUAGUUCAGUAAUGAAGAUACACGUCCUCACUAAACGUAGUCAUCGAUACGAGCGAGCAGAAUUAUCUGGCUGGAUGUUGAGCUCAUUUACCUAUCUGGUCUCAGAUUGCGUGGCGUUUCUUUCCCAAUGGCUGUAGUUUUCUUCGUGAAGAUCAGUAUUUUGAUGGCGCUGCUGUUCGGUUGGGGUCAGUCCACUCGAUUAUACACAGAGGAGGAUCCAGUUGUUAUUCUGACCAGCGAUACUCUGAAGCAGUCCCUACAGAACUCGUCAACCGCCUGGCUGGUUCAGUUCUACUCGUCCUGGUGUGGACACUGUAUCCAGUACUCACCUACAUGGAAAGCAUUGGCAGGCGAUGUAAAAGACUGGUCGCAGGCAAUCCUGAUUGGGGUUGUGGACUGUGCUCAUGAGAAGAACUUCGACAUAUGCAAGGAGUUUGGAAUCCACUUCUACCCCACCUUCAGGUAUUUCAAGGCACAUGACACCACAAAUGACUUUGGGAAGACAUAUCGAGGGGCCGACAGAGAGCUGCAGACCGUACGGCAUCUGAUGGUGAACAUCCUCCAAAACCACACCAGACCAAACUGGCCUGCGAACUGGCCUCCUCUGGACCCUGUCAGGAGCGAGGACAUUCUAUCCUUAAUAGGGAAGAAAACAGAGCACUACACUGCUGUUAUAGUGGAGGAGGAAGUCUCCUACAUAGGGAGAGAGGUCAUUUUGGACCUGAUGCCGUAUGAGGGUUUGACAGUGAAGCGGGCUGUCAACUCAGACAAGCUUCUAAUGGAAAAACUAGGAAUCACUUCGGUUCCCACAGCGCACCUCUUCCACCCCAACGGCACGCACACAGUCAUGCACGUUCAGAAGAGGCUGCGCUUUUUCUUCUCCUCAUUUUUGAAGCUCCUCCCUGGAGUGCACCGAAAACAGUCCACAUCAUCCCCACAGCAUCUUAAACCUGGGAGUAAAGAACAGGGAGCCCAGGUGGAGUGGAAAGACUUCACGAAGUCUGAAGUAUAUAUGGCUGAUCUGGAGUCAGGCUUACAUUACCUAUUGAGAGUCGAACUGGCCACUCACAAGACCCUAGAAGGAGAGGAACUAAAGAUCUUCAAGGACUUUGUAACGGUUGUCGCCAAGCUUUUUCCAGGUCGCCAGUCUGUGGUGAAACUUCUUGAGACGUUGCUGGAGUGGCUAGUGAGUUUACCUUUGGAGAAGAUUCCUUACGAUGCCAUCUUGGACCUUGUUAACAACAAGAUGAGGAUCUCUGGGCUUUACCUGAGUGAUCGUGUGCAGUGGGUGGGAUGCCAGGGCAGCAGUGUGGCACUGAGAGGAUAUCCCUGCUCCCUCUGGACCCUCUUUCACGUUCUGACCGUCCAGGCAUCCAGCCGACCUGAUGCUCUCGCCAACACUGGGUUGGAAGAGGAUCCUCUGGCAGUGCUUCAGACUAUGAGACGUUACAUUGGGACGUUCUUCGGUUGCCAGGAGUGUGGUAAACACUUUGAAGAGAUGGCACUCGAGUCACUGAACCAGGUUAAAUCUGUGGAUGAGGCGGUACUGUGGCUCUGGAGAAAACACAACCAGGUGAACGCAAGACUGGCAGGCUCAAUGAGCGAGGACCCCAUGUUUCCCAAAACUCUGUGGCCAACUCCUGAUCUCUGCCCCUCAUGCCACGAGGAACAGGACGGCCUGCAUGUCUGGAAUGAGCAGAUGGUGCUUGCUUUCCUCAAGCAGCACUAUGGUGCUUCAAACAUCUCUCCAAAAUACACCAGCAGCAGCCAACCAGAGCCAGGCCCUCCAGCUCUCGAGCAUCCCGAUGCCCCCGUAACUCAACCCCACGGCAAAAUACACCUCAACCAGAACGUCAAGCCGUCUCCUGAGAACCAUCCUAAACAUCUGAAGAGGACUCACAUCGCGGGGGAUCAAGAAACGGCCGUCCAGAGAGAACCCAGGCCGGGAAUGACAAUCCUGGGUCUGGGCUUCUCCAGCGUGGACAUGAGUCUCUGCGUGCUGCUCUACGCCCUCUCCUGCGUCUUCCUCAUGGUCAUGUUCUUCUUCUUCCGCGUUCGCUCGAAAAGGUGGAAGUCCAGGAACUAUCGGCCCUACGUUUAGCAAGCGUUCAGAACAAUUCCGGAUAAGGUUGAUGUCAUGUAUUGAAGCCUCUGCCAAGUUUCGAAGAAGACUUUAAUUUAUUUAUUUACUUUUAUUGGUUUAGCCGUUGUUUUUCGUGAAGUAUUUUGUAAGGAAGAACUCAAGACGCUCAGUUUGUUUAUCAGACCUAGAUGUGUGACUAAGAACCUGUUUCCGGUAUUUCUCAACCCUCAACAAACAGGAAAUGAUCUAUCAUGAUAAACAAUUUUAUAAUUCUAAAAUAAAGAGUCUCAGCAUAGGUCAAAAACGAUAUUUUUAUGGACUAUUAUACAUUAUUUAUAGAUUUUUAUUGAAGUGAAAAAAAUAAACUUAUCCUAAAUUUCUCAUUUUCAGGGUUUAUAUUGAUCUUUAAAAGUCACUUGUUCCCAUUUUCUAUUUGGCUUUGAAAAAAUGUCAGGAAGAUGAUUUCUUCUAUCGCUCAAGGUCAGGAGCUCGGAGAACUGCCGACACACACACUGCCUUGUCAAUGACCGGAAAACUCUUAACUUUUAGUUUUGUUACUCGUAUGGUUCAUUUAAAUGUGUUGGCUGCUCAUGUUGUGUUCUUUACUUCACUUCAGAAACAGGCUUUGAAGAUAUCUUUGGUCUAAUGUUGUCAAUUUUUGUUAAAGGGAUAAUUCACCAAGAAAUGAACAUUCUAAAUCAUUUACUCGCCCUCAUGUCAUUCCAAACCUGAAUAGCUUUCGUCUGUGGAAAAGAAGAUAUUUUGAGAAAUGUCUCGGUGGUUUUGUGACCGUACAAUGGAUGUCAAUGGGGUCCAAUGUUGUUUGGUUACCGUCAUUGUUCCAAUUAUCUUAUUUACUUUCGAAUUUUCAUUUUAGGGUGAACUAUCGCAUUCUGGUUCAUAUGUGGUUUUAUCUCUGCAAAAAGACAUACUUUGUUCGAGAUAAAAGACAAAAAGCUUCGCCUGAUUUCUAAAACAUUUGUGAAAUAAAUUAACAGUUUGUUAAUCAGCUAUACUGAAUACACUAUAUUUUUAUGAUUUUUAAUUAAGUUAUUAUAAUCUCAGAUUUUUUGUAGAUUGAAAAUUUUAGACUUAGACUAAACUGGAAUUUUUACAUUUUGUCCAAGUCAUUGUAAAGCGCUCCUAGUAGAUAGCAUACACUAUAUCUUGAACUCGGACUGUGCAAUUAAUCACAAUAAAUCUUCAAUUUUGGGUUCCAACAAUUACAAAAAAUAACCAAGGUGAUAUGUUUAUUUUGCAGCAUUCCAUUUUGCAAGAAUCUACAGUGGUGCAACUGUUUUUUUUGUUUCAAGUCAGUUUGUAAUCGUGAUCUCAAUAUUGGCCAAAAUAAUUGCGAUUAUGAUUUCUGUCAAGCUGCCCCAUCUCAAACAUCAUAAAAAACAUUUUCAUGUUAAAUCCUGAUUCCAGACCGUAACCUUGCCAUCAGAAGAUACUUGCACACCGCUAAGACAGUAUUUAAUUUUUAUUUUAUUUAAAAUCAUUUUGAAUAGCUUUAUUGACAUUUAGCUUGUUGAUUGAUUUGAAGUCAUGUGUUGAGCUUGUGAUAUUUGUUUAAUUGUCUAUCAGAGCUCUGCUAAUGUUGACCUGAGGCUAAAUAUUUAUGAAGUACAGCUUGUGAUGUUGUGCACAUGACGGUGGCCUUCAACGCUGCUCCAAACGGCCGUGAAUUCAUUUCGUGUUCUCGGUGCUUUAAGAGUUCUAUUUUUAUGUAAAGACCUAUUUUUGGGGGACAGUUGUUCUGUAUAUAUGUUAUGGGUCCUCCCAGGGGAGUUGUUGCAUUUUGUAAAAAGAGCACUGUAACUUGUCUUUCAAAUAAAAAUGUUUAAUUCCCAUCAU